UUCCUGAGUCAAAGGUCAAAUUUGUCCUUCGAGGUUUCUCUCGUCUGUGGGGCAGCCUUUUCUUUUUCUUUUUUCUACAACUUUAAUAGAAAUUGCUGAAACUACGUGACUGAGUAAGUAACAAGUCCUCCAUGUCCAAUAUGUCGUCUGAUAAACCAAUGGGACCUGCUGUACCCCGGAUGUUCAGAAAGGAAGAGAGCGGCGAAGACUCUGAUUCCGACGAUGGAUUCUCUGGACCCGCUUUGCCUCCCGGCUACAAACGGGGAGAACCGUCGAGCUCCUCGGAUGACAGUGAACGGGAGGUGUCGACCAAAAGAGCGAAAACACAACACACAGCUGCAGAAAAGGUGGAAAGCACAAAGGUACAACAAACGGAUGAUGAUGGGUUUUUUGGACCAGCCUUACCACCAGGAUUCAAGAAACAACAGUGUUCACCAGAAAGGCCACCUGUGCUGGGACCAGCUUUGCCUCCUGGUUUUCGCAGAGCAGCAUAUGAAAACGACGAUGAGGAUAAAGAUGGAGAGGAUUUCCCAGGGCCUGCCCUACCCCCUGGCUACCAGGCGGAGUCCUCCAGCAGCGGGGCAGAGGACGAGGACGUGAUUGGACCCAUGCCGCCCACAGAGCCUAUUGAAGACUCAGUGGCGUUGGACUUUGAGCGCAGAGCUCGCAGGAUGAAAGACAAGCUAACGGGAGAUAACACUCCUGAGGUGCAGGCCAGAGAAACAUGGAUGACGGAGCUCCCACCAGAACUGCAGCACAUUGGCUUGGGGGCCAGGACCUUCAAGAAGAAGUCUGGUCCAGAGAACAAGGAUCGCUCUAUGUGGACGGAUACACCAGUAGACAGGGAGCGCAAGAUUGCGGAACGACUUGAGAAAAAGAAGAAGGGUGAGGUGGAGGAAGUCGAUGUCCGUCAAGUCUCCCAGAAAGACCUGGAAAUGGCAGAGAAAGUGUCUAAGCAUAACGAGUCCAAACGUGCUGAGUCUCUGGUGAGUUUGCACACAAAGAAGAUGAAGGAAAAAGCAAAGGAGAAGGUAGACGCACCAGUGGAAAGGAGAGCAUUCGAUCGGGAUGAAGACCUGCAGGUGAAUCGCUUUGAUGACGCGCAGAAGGAGCGGCUGCUGAAGAAAUCUCAGGAACUGAACACACGAUUCUCCCACAGCAGGGACCGAAUGUUCCUGUGACAAAUUGUCAAAAUGUAUUUUUAAAAGAACAUGUUUGAACAGCUGACUGCCAUUUACAGACAGGCUGUUGAAUUUUUCAUACAGGUUUUGUAAAAUAUGGACUAUGUUGUUCAGAUUCUCAUGUGUUAUGGAAUCAAAUUGAGCUAAAUUGGACUAAACAGUCUAUUCAAGACAUGGCGGACUUGGUCAUUGUGACUGACUGGGCGCAAAGCUAAUGUUUCAAAAAGAGUCAAGCUUUUAUGAAGCAUCAGCCAGUGGAGCUUGCAUUAUUUCUGCAGUAGACACCGCAUUAGU